AUGUCGUUACAAGGCAGCUUCCCAUUCUACAAGUCCAAGUUGGACCUGCGACAGGAAGCCUACGCCGACAAUCGCAAAGAGUGGCAGAAGGUGCUCAGAACCUUUGAAGAAGCCCUCCAGGCGACAAGCUCCGAGGGGAAUUUGACGUCGACUCAGCGACAUCAAGACCGCGAACAGCUGUUGGCCCGCGACAGAAUUGCACUUCUGCUGGAUCCAGAUUCCCCGUUUCUGGAACUUGCUCAAUUUGCUGGGUAUGGAUUAGAUUCCACACCGUGUGCCAGCAUCGUCGCCGGAGUUGGCCUGAUCAAUGGGAGACCAUGUAUGAUUAUCUGCUCCAUCCCAUCCAUCAAGGGUGGAGCGUGGAAUGAGUUUACAGUGCUCAAACACAACCGGAUGACAGAGAUAGCGAAUGAAAAUCAACUACCCAUAAUUGGACUCGUUCAGGCGGCAGGUGUUUUCCUUCCGCAACAGUUUCGAGUCUUUCACAAAGCCAGCCAGAUGUUCAAAGACCUUGCACGGAGAAGCGCAAGUAGGCUGCCAUCUUGUAGUGUUGUAUUUGGGUCAUCGACAGCCGGUGGAGCGUACCUGCCUGGCUUAUCGGAUUACACGAUAUUCGUGAAGAACAAAGCUCAAGUGUUCUUGGGUGGCCCACCCUUGGUUAAGAUGGCCACUGGUGAAGUGGUAGAUGCCGAAACACUCGGCGGAGGCGAUAUGCAUGCCAGUGUGACUGGUCUAGCAGAUCAAUUGGCUAUCGAUGAAUUUGAUGCAAUUCGCAAAGCCCGUGAAUGGGUGAAGACAUUACCUGAACGGCCGCAACGACUCGAGUCUUUGAAGGAACCACGAGCCCCACGAUACCCAGCUGAGGAUCUGUUGGCUCUGGUAAACCCAGAUAUCCGCAAGCCUUUCGACAUGGCAGAGGCCGUCUUGCGACUGGUCGACGAUUCGCGACUGUCCACCUUCAAGCCCAAUUAUGGCAAGAACUUGCUGACGUGUUGGGCAGAAUUACAUGGUCACACCAUAGGAAUCAUUGGUAAUCAGACACCGGUGAUCAAUCCGGACGAGGCAUCAAAAGGAGCACAAUUUAUUCGUCUCUGUAAUCAAAGGGACAUACCGAUAAUCUACCUUCACAACGUUACUGGCUUCAUGGUCGGCUCUCACGCCGAGCGAGACGGUGUCAUCAAGAAAGGGGCUCAGUUCGUCUCGGCAGUGAGCUGCUCCAAAGUCCCUCAGAUUUCCGUCAUUCUCGGAUCAUCGUAUGGAGCAGGCAACUACGCUAUGUGUGGUCGAGGCUACAACCCUCGUUUCCUGUUCACCUGGCCCAUCGGCAGAUGCAGCGUCAUGGGACCUAGUCAAUUAGCUGGUGUAAUGGAGACUGUGCUGACCACAGGCGCGUCUGCCAGAAGCAAGGCCAAAGCUGGUCAGUCGGUAGGAGGCCAAAGUGCGAACACGGACGAAUUCAGGAACAACGUGGAGCGGGAGAGCGAGUCUUAUUAUACCAGUGCUCAUCUGCUCGAUGACGGUGUGAUCGAUCCAAGAGAUACUCGGGACAUUCUUGGGAUGUGCUUGGAGAUAGUAAAGAUUCCCAAGGUGGAAGGGGCAGCUGGUCAUCGCUCUUUAGCUCGCUUGUAA